AUGCAUAUCUUGUUAACCAACGAUGAUGGACCUCCAAGUGAUGCGGCUUCGCCAUACAUAAGCUUCUUCGUCUGGGCAGUCAAGAAUUUCACAAAUUGGGAUCUGACGAUCGUGGUUCCAUCCCAGCAGAGGUCCUGGAUCGGAAAGGCCCAUUUUGCAGGCAAGGAUCUCACCGCCAAGUAUGCCUAUACUAACCUCACGAAUUCGCCAACCGAUAAUUCCUACCAGGGUCCCUUUCCCCAGCCUCAGGAUGAACUACGCAAGACUGCACAGGAGUGGAUUUUGCUGGAUGGAACUCCGGCCUCGUGUGCUGACAUUGGUGUUCACCAUCUUUACGACAAGUCCAAGGGCGAGAUUGACUUGGUGAUCAGCGGUCCUAACUUUGGCAGAAAUUCUACUGCCCUCUACAUCAUGUCCUCCGGUACCGUAGGUGCUGCUAUGGAAGGUGCUUUGAUGAAUAAGAGGGCAAUUGGACUUUCGUAUGCUUUUGAGACCAAAGACAUUGACGAGCCCAUACUCAAAGAGGCAUCCAAGAUCGCAGUCAAGCUUGUACAACAGCUUUACUCCAAUUGGAGCAAAGACGCAGAUCUUUACACCAUCAACAUUCCUCUCAGGCCAGACUUGAAGCUGGGAACUACGGUAAUCCAGUAUGCACCCAUUCUGGAGAACAGAUGGACUUCUUUGUACACUCCAAAGGAUGAAUCCAGAUCCAAGACUAAGGUGACUGACUGGGAAAAGGACAUUGUGGAUGCUACAGCUGAAGACGGUGAAAAAUUCGAGUGGAAUCCGGACUUUGAUUACGUCCACAAGUUUAUCGAACAGACGACUGAGCCAACAGACGGAAAGAUCGUCAGCGAUGGAAAGAUCAGUACUAUCCCAGAACUAGUUGUUUUAUCCCUGGAAGAAUCGGAGUACGUCUAUCCUGCCAUUGUGUCGGCACUCAAAAAGGCAGACAUUCCGUUCAAGAGCAUACAUUCCAUACCGUCUGAUUUCAAGGGGAAAGUCGUCCAGUUCGGGGAUUAUGAGCAGUUAGACUUCGAUCUGCUGAUGCAGGAUAACAACUACAAGGCGUGUUCGUAUGUGUUCAGGAAGUCUCUCAUCAGAAAGCACUAUCUUGCCAACACGAUUGCGAGAUAUCUUUCCAAGAACCCAGAGUCUGUUCUGAAAAAGGCAUUUCCAACCACUUUUGAAUUUGAGCUUGAUUAUGCGGAAUUUCUGGACGAUUCUCUGGACGAUUGCUAUGAGUUGCGUGAUGAAAUGAGUGCCAAUGAGGCUACCCUUGCGAAGACGUGGAUCUUGAAGCCCAGUAUGAGCGAUAAAGGUCAAGGAAUAAGACUUUUCAGAACCCAGGAUGAGCUUCAGGCAAUUUUCGACUCUUUUGAAGAAGAUGAGGAUGAAGAUGAAGACGAGGAGCAAGACCACGAUGACAAUAAUGGUGUUAUCACUUCCCAGCUUCGUCACUUCGUGAUCCAGGAGUACAUCGAUUUACCGUUGCUACUGCCACAAUACGGUAAUCGGAAGUUUCAUAUUAGAUCCUAUGUGGUAUGCAACGGUUCCAUCGAGGUAUUUUUAUACAACCGCAUGCUCAUGCUCUUCUCAAGUGACGAGUAUAUCAAGCCCGAAGGCAAUGAUGCCUUACUGAUGGACGGCCAUUUGACCAACACUUGUUUGCAGGUAGGCAAGGGUGACGAUGAUUUGACCACCAAUGUCGUUGAGUUUGGCCAAUCAUGUUUGAGCGACGACUCCAAGAGCAUAAUUAUUCAGAGACUACAGGCCAUUUUGAAAGACCUGUUCGAGGCAGCUGUCAAUGUUGAUAAGUUCAACUUUCAGCCAUUGCCCAAUGCAUUUGAGACCUUUGGGAUCGAUUUUCUGGUUGACGAGAGCCUGAACUGUCACUUGCUAGAGGUCAAUUCAUAUCCUGACUUUAAGCAGACUGGAGAUGACCUCAAGCAGUUGAUCUACGGGUUGUUCGAGGGCAUAGUUGAUACAUGUGUCAGUCCCUUCUUCCGCGACCAAAAGAUCCACAACGCAAACAUGAUUCCUGUACUAGAUUUACGCACCAGUGGCUCAUGGUGA